AGGACGCAGUAUUUCGGUCUGCAUGGGAAGACGGGCCAUUUGGUGACGGCGGAGAGGAUCGACAGAGAGCAGCUGUGCGAGAGGGUUCGGCAAUGCGUGCUGCGCUGUGAGGUGAUAGUGGAGGGGGAAAUGAAGUUUUACGAAAUAGAAGUGGAGAUUAUGGACAUUAACGACAACGCGCCCAACUUCCGCGAAGCAGAGACAGAACUGAGAAUGAGCGAGGACCGCGCCUGGGCCGGAUCGCGAUUUCCUCUCCGGAACGCUCAUGACCCGGACUCUGGCCCGAAUUCCCUGCAGAGCUACGAGCUGAGCGGCGACGAUCACUUCUCGCUGGCCGUGCAGACGGGCCCCGGCGGGGCUCAGCGUCCCGAACUGGUGCUGGUGAAGGCGCUGGACCGGGAAGAAGCGGCGUUGCACGAGCUGGUGCUGAGGGCGAGCGACGGCGGAGAGCCGUCGCGGACGGGCACGGCGCGGAUCCGCGUGUUGGUGCUGGACGCGAACGACAACGCGCCCGUGUUCAGCCAGGCGGAGUACGCGGUGCGUGUGGAGGAGGACGUGCCCGUGGGCUCCACCCUCGUCAGCGGGUCUGCCACUGACGCCGACGAGGGUCUGAACGGGCACGUGAAAUACAGUUUCCAUAAAAUUUCAGACCGAUCAUCAGAAAUGUUUCAUUUGGACUCUGAAACUGGAGAAAUAUCCCUUAAGGACAGUUUGGACUUUGAGAAAAUCUCCUCACAUGAACUGGAAGUGCAGGCACAUGACGGAGCAGGGCUCUUCGACACAGCAAAAGUCACGAUUAUGGUGACAGACGUGAAUGACAACGAGCCCGAAUUGACUGUGUCUUCAGCACUGAGCGAAAUCUCGGAGGACGCCCCGCACGGCACUGUGGUGGCCCUGCUGCACGUGCAGGACCGGGACUCGGGGGCCAACGGCGAGGGGCGGUGCUCGCUGGACGGGGGCGGCCCGUUCCAACUGCGCAGCUCGCGGGGCAGCUACUACAGCGUGGUGACGUCGCGGGAGCUGGACCGGGAGGAGGUGUCGGAGUACAACGUGACGGUGCGGGCGGCGGACGGCGGGUCGCCGUCGCUGCGGAGCAGCGCGGUGGUGGCGCUGCGCGUGCUGGACGUGAACGACAACGCGCCGGUGUUCGCGGAGGCGCGGUACAGCGCCCGCGUGGCCGAGAACAACGCGGCGGGCGCGCUGGUGCUGCGGGUGCGGGCGACGGACGCGGACUGGGGCCAGAACGCGCGCGUGCGGUACCGGCUGGGGGAGGGUCGCGUGCGGGGCGCGGCGCUGUCGUCGUACGUGUCGGUGGAGGCGGAGACGGGCGCGCUGUACGCGCUGCGGUCGUUCGACUACGAGGAGGUGCGCGAGGUGGGGCUGUGGGUGCGGGCGGAGGACGGCGGCGCGCCGGCGCUGAGCAGCAACGUGUCGGUGCGGCUGGAGAUCGUGGACGAG